AUGUUUACCAUUCACAAUCUGCAACCGGAUGUAAUUGAGGAGACGGCCACUUUGGGACUUGGGAGCAACGCAACUGUUAUGCUGGGACGAUACGACAAUAGAGAUGUUGCUCUAAAGAUAUACAAGUCCAACGACUAUGCUACCAAGGUUGAGGCUUUGAAUGAGGUUUCUAUAUAUUCCCGCUUGAAAAAUCAACCCCAUGUGGUUAACUGUUAUGGUAUGUACUACAGAAACGGCGCCCCAGUUCUUGUAUUGGAAAAGGCGCAGAAGUCACUGUAUAAUGUAUAUAGAGAAGAAAGAGUAAGCCGUGCUCAAUAUAAUUGGCCAGCUAUAAAGGACCGUGCGAUGCAAAUUUCUUUUGGAUUGAAGUCGCUCCACGACAUUAACAUUUCUCACGGUGAUGUUUCUUCGAAAAACUUCUUGCAAUUUGAGGAUAAUGUGUUGAAAAUAAGCGAUAUGGGAUACGCUCAGGUUAUUGAAAAUGGUUUUUUUUAUGAUCCUUCUUGCCGUUGUUCUCUUUAUGCGGCUGCACCCGAUUUUUUGUUGACUAGCAAGCGAUCUUUGAGUACUGACAUUUACUCUCUGGGUAUGGUAUUUUUGGAGCUUGUGAAGGGUGGUUUUGCAUACACGCAGCAAGACCUAGAGUGCUUUAUGGUAAACAAUGUGAUGGACACCAAUACUUUUGUUCAGCAUAUCCUUUAUGGACAGCGACCUUCUAUUCCUAGUGAAGUGCCGGAUUAUUUUGCGGAUAUUAUCCGCUGGUGCUGGAUAAGGGAAACAGAGAGAAAGAAACGACCCACUAUUGAUCAGGUGAUCGAACGACUUGAGGCGUGGGAUGUGGACUAAGUCGGUACGAUUCUUGUGUAGUUCUGUAUGA